AUGGGGCUCUGCUACAGUCUGCGCCCGCGGCUCUUUGGGGACCCCGGCGGAGGCGGCUCCAUCUCCAGCGCCGCCUCGGAGCCCGAGCAGCCCGCAGAGCACACGGCUCCCCCGCCGCAGCCGCUCGGAGCCCCGCGGGGAGGCAGCUGCUGCGGGCAGCCGGGGGCCGGGGGCUCGCUCCACCCUGCAGACAAGCCCGGGGGAGAGGCGGACGGGCCGCCGCCGCCGCUGCUGCUGCAGAACGGAGGCGGCAACGGGGCGGCCCCGGAGCGGCAGCCGCUGCCCAAGCCCGGCGGCAAACAGCCCCGGCAGCCGCCUCAGCCGGCCGCGCUGCAGAGACCCUGGGAGAAGCUGCGCCUGGAGGAGCGGGAGGCGGAGAAGGAGGCGAGGAAAGUCAGCAAGAGCAUCGACCGGGCGCUGAAGGAGCAGAAGCGGGAGUACAAGCAAACGCACCGGCUGCUGCUGCUGGGAGCUGGUGAGUCAGGAAAAAGCACUAUUGUGAAACAAAUGAGGAUUCUGCAUGUCAAUGGAUUUAAUUCAGAAGAAAAGAAACAGAAAAUACUGGAUAUUCGGAAAAAUGUUAAAGAUGCGAUUGUGACUAUAGUUUCAGCAAUGGGCACUUUAAUACCCCCAGUUCCACUGGCCAAUCCGGAAAACCAGUUUCGAAUGGACUACAUCAAGAGUAUAGCUCCGCUUUCCGAUUUUGACUAUACACAGGAAUUCUUUGAACAUGCAAAAAAGCUCUGGGAUGAUGAAGGAGUAAAGGCAUGCUUCGAGAGGUCAAACGAAUACCAACUGAUUGACUGUGCACAGUACUUUCUGGAAAGAAUUGACAGCGUCAGUAUGGUUGACUAUACACCCACAGACCAGGAUCUAUUAAGAUGCAGAGUUUUGACAUCAGGGAUUUUUGAAACAAGAUUUCAAGUAGAUAAAGUAAAUUUUCACAUGUUUGAUGUAGGUGGCCAGAGAGACGAAAGAAGAAAAUGGAUCCAAUGUUUUAAUGAUGUCACUGCUAUAAUCUUUGUUGUGGCCUGUAGCAGCUACAACAUGGUAAUAAGGGAAGACAAUAACACAAACAGACUACGGGAAUCCCUGGAUCUCUUCAAAAGCAUCUGGAACAAUAGGUGGUUACGGACCAUUUCUAUCAUUUUGUUCUUGAACAAACAGGAUAUGCUAGCUGAAAAGGUCUUGGCAGGGAAAUCAAAAAUUGAAGAUUACUUUCCUGAAUAUGUGCGUUACACUGUACCUGAUGAUGCAACACCAGAUGCUGGAGAAGAUCCCAAAGUCACAAGAGCCAAGUUCUUUAUCCGGGAUGAGUUUUUAAGGAUAAGUACAGCAAGUGGAGAUGGCAGGCAUUACUGCUACCCACAUUUCACAUGUGCAGUGGACACAGAAAACAUCCGCAGAGUGUUCAACGAUUGUCGAGACAUCAUUCAGAGAAUGCAUCUUCGCCAGUAUGAACUCUUGUGAUUGGGAUCACCGUGGAGCCUGUGGUUUUAAAUACUUAGCUCCUUACUCUCUUGCUCUCUCUCUAUACUAUGCCACACAGGGUGGAAGAAAAUACUACAGAAAUGUCAGUCUUUUCAGGUUGUUUACCUUAAUUAUUUAGCCUUUGAGCUGGUUUGCAGCAAGUUUGGGUUUCUUUUCCGCCAUGCUUUUUGGGACUAUUUGUGUGCUUUAUUUUGAUAUGCCACUUCUUUGUCAUUCCACUAAGCCCUUUGGCUACCUCUGUUGCUUUAGAGGUGUAUUUUGUUUUUUGGGUUUUGUUUUUGCUAAUUGAACAUAACCUGCUAAAUUUUUUCCAGCAGGUUAUGUUAGUUCAAACUAGUAUGUCAGCUGGAUGACACUAAAGUCAUACCUAUCCUUGUGUGGGUCCCUUUUUUAACAUGAUAUUAAGAGUACUUGAUGGUUGAAAAAAGAAUAAUGCACUUUGUAUCAGGUUAUUAAAUACUGUUGAGGAAGUAUACACACAAUGUAGCAGCACCACAAUAUUUAUUACUCUGUCACAGUUUUUAGCAUUAUUGAGUUGCAGGUCAACUGAUAAAGUGACCUCCUCUUUUAAGCCGUUACUGGCACAGGAAGUAGAGUAGAUAAUGAGAGGCAUGGUGAAGAUAAGCAAUUUUUCUGGGGUUUUGGGGCUAAGUGCCUCUACACACCUCAGGCAUUUGAAUUAUAGCUACUUUUUCAGCCUGUUGCAUCUAGGCAGAAAAUGUACCACCCUCACUUACGUUAUUUGUUCUGUCCACAAAUGAUCCGUUUAGUUUAGAUCAUUCUUGGACAACAGUCCUCUCCCUAUAUAUAUAUUUUUUUGUUUUACUGCUGGUUUAUUAUAUUGUACAGACUGUAAAAUGUAAUAUUAUUUUGUACAACUUUAUUGAAGAAAAAUACUUGUAGAAGAUCUUUGUGCCUUGAUUAUGGCUGUACCUGUAAAAUGAGCUAAGAUGUAAGUAUGUUUUUGAUUGCGCUGUACAGCUUGAUGUCAACCUUACCUGCAGCAGAGACUGGAGGUAAGAACUUUAUCUGUAGAGUUUAGGGAUUUUUUUCUGGUUUAUAUAAAAACAAUGCUCUUUAGUAUAAAAAAUAUAAAUUAUGCAAAUUAACCACUUACCUUUUCAAGUAAGGUAUUACAGUCACCGGAUGUUGCAGCAACAUGCCUUUCUCUUUUGAAAUCUCAGCUUUAAAACAUUGGAAUUCAUUCAAGUGUCCAAAUUGCAACCUGGUGUUGUUUUAAUGGGAAUCAAGGAUUUUUUUUCCUUUAACUUUAGAAAUAUGUUUAGUAAUUCUUUGGUCAUUCAUAGUACGUCACAAUUGCACAGGCCGAUUGUGAAUGUGUAAAGCACCAUUAUAUAGAGCUCGUCAAUCUUUGUACCAACAGCAGCUUUCAUUGUGCAAGUAAAUAGCAAGAAGGGGGGUGGGGGGGAAGAGGAGGUAUAAACCCUUGUGUCUGGCCUAAGAGAAUUACAAGAUGACAUUUUUAUUUCUCUUUUAAUAAAGAGACAUUAGAAAAUUGUUUUAUUUUAAAUAUUGUAGAAUCAAACUGUGUGAAUAUUUCUCAAACUUGAAUAAUUUAUGCAAAUGACAUUCUCAAAACAAGUUGUGGUACAGUACAAUAUAUAAAAAGCAAGAAUUGCUGUAGCAAUAAGGCAUGUCCUUUUUAGUAACUAUAACACUGCUUUAUAUUUUAUACAUAGGUGUUUUAUGUCUCUGUGAGUAUAUACUUUUCCUGUGUCCAAGAUAACCUGUACAAAUGUCUAAAAUUACAGUUGCAAUAACAGAAACCUAGAGAAGUGUUAGCCUACAUUACUUCAUAGAUUGUUUAAUCACUCCUUGGACUAUCUCCAUCCUUUGUUUUAAAUUUUAGGGACAAAUUAAGAUCUGAAUUUUUGUUUUCAGGAACACAAUAUGAAUCAGAUUUUUAUAAUACAGCCAUGAUUCAUGUUAUUUAUAAACCCAGUCCUCUUUUACUUAAAAUUAAAUUAGAGAAAUUUAGUAAUUUUAUUUUAAAAUAGGAUAAUUUUAGAGACAGUACAGUAUCUUUGUAAGAUUAUCCUUCCAAGUGAAAUUGCUAGUAGGAUGUAUAGUCUUGAUAUUUCUAUAUUUGCAAUUCAGUUAUGUAUUUCCUAGAAAGUGAAAGGCAGGGGUUAGCUAGUAAUAGGUAUAAUUCCCUAAAUCUACCACUGCCGGUUAUGCAUAGAUUCUCACACCUCCCCUUCCAAAAUUAUUUUAGAAACAUGCAAACUUUCUUUUAUUACUCAUUCCCACUUGAAAGGUAAGGUAGGCAAAACAAACCACCCCUGUAGACUAAAAACCCCUGCCUCUGCAGGAGCACCAAAAGGCAAACGGUUC